AUGGCGGCUGAUGCACCGCUGGCAACACUGACUGGCACUGUCCAGCCGUCCAAAGAAGCAGACGAAGCAAUCGCAAAUCAAAAUGCAGUGUGUACCGCGGAAACGCUUCAUGUCGUGCCAGCCAUCAACACGGAUACUGUCGUUAUACAGGCAGAUCGGGUUGUAUCAGGCCCAGUACCGCCCGGUGCUGUGGGGGCUGUCGAGAGCAUGAUCUGCAGAGGACCCGAUGAUGGCGAGCCUCCAGAGGAGGGCUUCUACGGGAUCACGCUACCUGUCAAGUCCGCGCUUGACCUGAAGCAAGAAAGGCUGACCGGAUCUGUGACGAAGUACUUGCCUGUCAGUGGCUAUGGUAUGGUUAAAAGUCACAUGUUCGAGGGCGAGCUGAUGUUCAGGAUAGAUCGCGUAAUGCCUGAGUUUCAGGCUCAUCCUCUACAUGAGAAUGAAGGGGUGGAGUUUGAUGUUCAGGCCGAUGAAAACGGCAAAGCUGUGGCGGUGGCAGUAAAGCCCGUCCUGGGCAGAAAGCCUUAUGAUGUUCUCGGCCAGCGGCACCGUGGUUAUGUCAGACGCUUUGCCGAGCGCUGGGGCUUCCUCAAUGCUGCAGCCUUCGACGGGGACCUUUUUGUUCACCGGGACAAUCUCUUGCUGGAGCCUGGCUCCGAGACUGGCGCAGAUGGUCAGCCCAUUCUGCGGACGGGGCAAGUUGUUGAGUUCGACGUCGCGCUGGAUGAUCGCGGCAGGGCUGUGGCUAAGCAAAUCACGACACGAGCUUUGCUGAGACCUGGUGACUGGAUUGGUCACAGGCUGCGGGGCUACAUACGGUCCUUUCAGGGUGCCUGGGGCUUCAUCAACUCAGACCGAUUUGCUGGUGAUCUUUUUGUGCAUCGAGACUCUCUGUUAGCACAGUGCCAAAAUGCGCAGCUGGGACUGGGCACGGUGGUAGAGUUCGACAUCGAACGAGACCAUCACCGGAAAGGAGCAAAGAAUCGCUUGGUGGCAAGGAAUGUCGCAGUCCUCGGUCCCGGCGAGGCUCCUCCCGCUUCUCCAGCACAAGCGCCCGCACCGCCGAUCCCGGGGCAGUCAACCGCCACGGAUCCGGCGGCGCCAUAUGGCGUUCCGCCACCACAUUCUUCGCCAGCUGCACCAGCACCGGCGCCCAUGUACUACCAGGCACCUCCACCUCCGGUUCCUUUGCCAGAUCCGAGUGGAUAUGGGCCGCCGUAUCCGUAUCCCCCUCCGUAUCCAUAUUCGCCUUCCCUCCCACCGUACCAGCUGCCCUAUGCGCAGCCUCCAUACGGACCUCACUAUCCUUAUGGACAGCCACCUCCGUAUGGGCAGCCAUUGUCAUCAUAUCCGUACCCGCAUACGCCACAUCCCAGCACACCGACACAGCCAAACCCAGUCUCGGCAACACAGCCCGCUGCCACACAGCCUGCUGCUACACAGCCUGCUGCCACACAGCCUGCUCCCACACAGCCUGCUGCCACACAGCCCAGCACACAGUCUGCCACGCAGUCUGCCAACGUGCAGCCUUCCACCAUGCAGCUUGCUGCCACCGAGCCUGCUGCACCACAACCAAGCGCGCACUCUGCUGCCGCAAAGCCUGCUGCCAUGCCACCUGGUACCGUGCAGCCCUCUACCAUUCAACCUGCUUCACAACCUGACGAGCAGCUUGAUGUGAUGCGGCCGGGGCAGGCCAACUCGACACCUGCCUCAGCUGGCCCCGAGGCGGCUGGGGGAUCGGCAAACAGCCCCAAGGUGAAUGGACAAAUUUCUUGCCCGAGUGCGAUGCAAAAUGGCACUCCAGCGAAGGAGAGCCAAUCUCAGGGUUUGUUGCACAUCACCAUCCACGACUGGGAGCCGGAUCAGCCGGGGCAGCUUUACGUUGCAAAGGGCACCCUGGUGAACAUCUCCUACCGAGCAGCACAUGGCUGGGUUUACGCAGGAACUGUUCGAACAGCUGGGGACGAAACGCUUGAAAAAGGUCCAGAUGAGGGCUGGAUUCCGCAGGCAGUCGUCAAGCGAGUGACCAUGUGUCGAGUGGCUGUGGAUUGGCCAGCGGAGGGCCAAGCAACCUUGGGUGUGACGAAGGGGGAAAUUGUUGCCGUGUCGAAAGAGGCUGAAAGAGGAUGGGUCUAUGGCGAGCUCAUCGCAGCUGACACGUGCCAGCGGAUCGCACGGCCUGACAACAAGCCUUCAGACGGCUGGCUGCCCAAGAAGGUCCUGGACUACGUCCAGACGUGA